AAAAAAAAAAAAAAAAAAACAUGACUGCACUUUACAGAUGAACUGCAGGUUUUCCAUUUCAUUAACUAUUAUUUUUAAUAAAGCCAAGCAUACUCAAGGAAACAGGUAAUCUAGCAAUUAUUCUAGAGAAACAUUUUGAAGCAACACGUUGUGUACAAACGUUGAGCUAUCUGAAAAUGGAAGACAGCAUUCACAUUUCUGCAGCUAUCCAAAGCUGCCAUCUUUCACACAUCAGAAAGCCGGUUUCUGGAAACAUGGAAACAUUCUGCAUACACACGGAUACAUGUUUGUAAAUACAGAGUUUUAGUAUCCCUAUUCAGAACCUCAAACGGCAUACAGGGAACAGACACGAGGUCAUUUAUCCACUUGGUUGCGCACUAACCGCGCUGAUACAGUACGGGUGCUCUCUAAAGCCCUAGAUAUAAGAUUAGAUUUGCAUAGGAACCUCCUGAAAACAAUUAACUCCCUCUACCGCUUGCAUUUGGUCCAAGGCGUGGCUCCUUCCUUGGUUGUCUGUCUAUAUUCAGAAUUGCGGGUUGAACACGAAAAGGGUACAGUAAGUAAGAAGUGAAUGGCGUCUAUGUGGCACAAAGUCCAGGAGUUCUACGACUGGUCGCUUCAAAAUGGAGAUAAGCGCACAGAUCCUUGGCUCCUGGUCUACUCCCCAGUUCCGGUCUCAGUUAUAUUCCUGUCCUAUCUGUUCAUCGUAUGGUAUGGUUCCAGGUUCAUGAAGCACAGGGAACCGGUCAAUCUAAAGGCAGUACUAAUUGUCUAUAACUUCUCAUUGGUCUGCCUGUCAGCCUACAUGUUUUAUGAGUUUUUGGUAACGUCACUGUUGGCAAACUACAGCUACCUGUGCCAGCCUGUGGAUUACAGAAACAGUGAGCUGGGACUGCGGAUGGCAAGUGUGUGCUGGUGGUUCUUCUUUUCCAAAGUGAUUGAGCUUCUGGACACAGUUUUUUUCCUUUUAAGAAAGAAGAAUAACCAGAUCACCUUCCUUCAUGUGUAUCACCAUGCUACCAUGAUCUUCAACUGGUGGGCAGGAGUGAAAUACGUGGCUGGGGGACAGUCAUUUUUCAUUGGCAUGCUGAACUCCUUUGUGCACAUUGUGAUGUACCUGUACUAUGGUCUGGCUGCGCUGGGGCCUCGCAUGCAGAGAUACCUGUGGUGGAAGCGAUACCUGACCAUCCUGCAGCUGCUGCAGUUCUUUGGCAUUGCCGCCCACACUUCAUACAACCUCUUCACAGACUGCGCCUUCCCAGACGGGUUCAACCUCGUUGUGUUCCUCUACAUCGUCAGUCUCAUCCUGCUCUUCAGCAGCUUCUACCACCAGACCUACAUCAGCAGAAAGACAAAGCAAACCUGAUCCUUUCCUUCUGCCUUUUAUACAAAGAAAAUAUAUACAUGAUAUUUAAAAAACAAACUCUAGGUGUACCAUUCAUUUAUAACUGGUUUACUUCUGCCACAGGAUCCCAGUAGGACGGGGGGUUUCAUUUUGGUUUGACAAACUGGCAGAAUUCCUGUUCAUCUGGUGAAUGCUGUGCUAGAAGCCCCACUUUUCUGAAACUAAGAAAAGCAUUUUAUUCAGUUUCAGGCAGUCUAAUCUAACAGUUGGUAAAAAUAUAUCUGCAAUGUGUACACGCGUCCAAGAAAAGGUCAGGUUGAAGAAUAGACUUCUUAAUUUGUGCAAAAAAUAUCAAAGAUAAACAAGGUGGUCACUCUGCAUUUAAUAGUAAAGACAAAAAGCAACUGAACAAGUCUGUUUGGCCAAGUUCAGUACUGUAUUGUUUAACUUUUAAAUUGGUAACUUUCAGUUUAACUGCAGUUCCGAUUCCUGACACAAGGUGGUGCUGUUAUCUUCUACAGAAAAAAGCGUUCUUGCUGCCUAGCGACCAAGAUCUUUUGUUAUUGUUGGCGUUUCAAAGUAAAACAUAGUUACAGCACUGUAUAUAAAAAAGGUACUGCAUUACUGUUAGUGUUUUGCAAAUAUUCCUCAAAACGUACUAAAAUGAUACAAGAACAGUUUUGACUGAUUAAAAAUAUCACCUAAGUAAAUGUGUCGUAUAGAUCAGGGUUUCAUAGACGUAUUUUCUUUUUAAGAACCACCCAGAGUUGUGUUUCUUCUUUUCUGUCUGUCUGAGGCCUCUUCACCACCCUUAAAGCGGCAAUUCCACCCCUCUUGGGAGUCACAGCUCGGCCAGCCCCGGUAAUUGAA